UCAGCACCUUGUGGGCUUCGGGGUUAUAUUUGGGCUCCUCGCGGAAGGGAAAUAUGACACGCGCGCGAGGACGGAGCGGACCUGUCCACGCGGGCCAAGGAGCCAGUGCUGGCGUCGCGAGGUGCCAUGUGUUCUGGCGAGUCCUUGUUGGGGCUGGCAAAAAGGUGCUGUGGCCAGGGCUCAUGACAUGUGUUCCCCCUGAGCUCAGUGACGCCUCUCCCACGGUGGCAGGAUGCCAGUGCAGGCAGCGCAGUGGACAGAGUUCCUGUCCUGUCCCAUCUGCUACAAUGAGUUCGACAGCAGCGGCCACCAGCCUAUCAGCCUGGGCUGCUCCCAUACUGUGUGCAAGACCUGCUUGCACAAGCUGCACCGCAAGGCCUGCCCCUUUGAUCAGACGCCCAUCAGCACAGAUAUCGAUCUGCUGCCAGUCAACUGCGCCCUUCUGCAGCUAGUCGGAGCACAGGUCCCAGAUGUUCCACCUGUGAGCCUGAGCAGUGCAGUGGAUGUUGAGCACUAUGAGGUCUGCCGACUAAGUGUAGAAGAGCUGGCUCUCUACUUGAAACCUAUCAGUGGUGCCAAAGGUGUGGUGAACCCGAGUCCGAGCGUGCUCAGCAGACCCAUGCAGAGGAAGCUGGUGACCCUGGUGAACUGCCAGCUGUUGGAAGAGGAGGGUCGUUUGCGGGCGGUCCGGGCAGCCCGCUCACUGGGGGAACGGACCGUGACCGAGCUCAUCCUGCAGCACCAGAACCCCCAGCAGCUCUCUGCCAACCUCUGGGCAGCGGUGAGGGCACGGGGCUGCCAGUUUUUGGGUCCUGCAAUGCAAGAAGAUGCACUGAAGCUGGUUUUACUGGCACUGGAGGACGGCUCGGCUCUGUCCAGGAAGGUGCUGGUUUUGUUCGUGGUCCAGAAACUGGAGGCCCGGUUCCCACAAGCGUCCAAAACCAGCAUAGGCCACGUAGUGCAGCUGCUCUACAGGGCCUCCUGCUUUAAGGUGACUAAGCGUGAUGAGGACUCUUCCCUGAUGCAGCUGAAGGAGGAGUUUCGAACAUACGAGGCUCUAAGGAGAGAACAUGAUGCUCAGAUUGUCCACAUUGCCAUGGAGGCAGGCCUUCGAAUCUCUCCUGAGCAAUGGUCCUCUCUGUUAUACGGAGACUUGGUCCACAAAUCACACAUGCAGUCAAUAAUUGACAAGUUGCAGUCUCCAGAAUCAUUUGCAAAGAGCGUACAGGAACUGACGAUUGUUCUGCAGAGGACGGGAGACCCGGCCAACCUCACAAGCCUUAGACCACACCUAGAGCUAUUGGCCAACAUAGACCACAACCCUGAUGCGCCAGCGCCAUCAUGGGCAGAACUGGAAAGUGUGAUGCUGGCUGUAAAGUUGGUGGUUCACGGACUGGUGGAGUUCAUACAGAACUUCAGCAAGAAGAGCCAUGAAAGUCCACAGCCUCAGGCCAACAGCAAAUAUAAGACCAGCAUGUGCAGGGAUCUUCGUCAGCAGGGAGGUUGUCCCAGAGGAACCAGCUGUACAUUUGCGCACACACAAGACGAGCUGGAGAAAUUCAGACUGAGGAACAAGAAGAGCGUUAGCGUGGUUCGCCCUUUCCCUCUAGCCAACAAAGGCAUCAAAGAUGCAGAAGAAAACAUGGGUUCUACAACAGAGGGGGGUUCCAGCCUGACGAACCCACUGCUGAUCUCCAGAGGGCCAGGUGGUGUGGAGGAACUGAAAAGAGCAGUGAUGAACGGAACUUGUGGGGCUAACGUGCCUAACAGAACCACAUCAGGGUCCACAGAGCUGAAGUCCCUCUCCCCUUCCAGGACUCCAGUCAGCCACUCGUCAGCUUCAUCUCCUUUGAACACUGCUGGUGGUGCUGAUGUCAGUGCUCCACUGCCCCGACAUGGUCAGUUCAUCCUCUCCACACCUCACCCUUCUCAGGCGUCAGAGCUGUUUUACGAGGAGGCCCGCCCUGGUUACAACAAGGGGCACUUUCAGCCAAACUCAGGUUCCUACUAUCCAGCUACACUUCACUCUCCUCACAAACCAUGCAUGGCUCGCUUCCUCCGGUCCUCCAACGUCCAGGAAUCCUCGCUGCCCCCUUCUUCGGGUGUUUCCUCUUACCUAAAUGACCCCCAGGCACCUCACCAAGCCUCGUCCCCUUCAUCAGGGUUUCCUCCUAGAGAUCAGAUGGGAGCCCCAGCCUUCCAUCCCCAUCCUGGACAGGGUCAGUACGGACAUUUGGCUCCUGCUCACAGUGUUUAUGCUCCUCUCUAUGACAGCAGGAGAGUAUGGAGACCUCAGCUGUACCACAGAGAGGAUGCCAGGAGUAACUCACUGCCUCUGGAGGUUCUGCAUUCCUCCGUUUACCAGCCUCCACUCAGGGAGCGAUUCAACUCUCUAGACAGCAACUACUGCUCUGGAGCAGAGCACCGUGCAGGGCUGCACAGGGACUAUGGACGGGUUCCUCUGGGAUAUGAGGAUCUGUUUAGACGGAAGCAGGAACACCGGACUCACAUUCACCACCAUCACAAUUCUAACAGGCUCUGCCGGUCUUCCCCUAUAUUCACAACUGAUUUUGGAGCAGAGCAUGUGGAAAGUGGUGGAGGUCAGUGCAUGGGAUGUAGGUUCAGGGGUGAGGACAGUUUGGCACAUUACUCUCCGUGGUCCUGUGGGACUGCCGGGCCCAGCCUCAGCCCCUUCGAGCCUGAACCUCUUAAACCCACUUCAGCGCACUCCCAUUCUCACUCGGAGUGUACGGAGAAAGACUGUAUCGAAGGGGGACAAGGUGUUGUUGGCACCGGGAAACGAUGGCUACACUCAUUGGAACACUACCGACGUUUGAAAGAGGAAGAUCCAAUCAUUCCUUUCAGUGAAGCCCCCAUUAUCUCAAAGUGGGGUGCAAUCUCUAGAGCGUCACGGACAGGCUACCAUACCACUGACCCUGUCCAAGCUACGGCCUGCCAGGGCAGGGCCAGCACAACAGCGAUAAACUUCAAAGAUUACAACCACCACUUUGAUCACAGCGACUAUAGGUGGAGCUCCAGAGGAUCAGACUCCUCCAGGCACUCCAGUUUCCCUGAAAGUGAGCACCUUUGUGCGUCGGAACUGAAUGGCCACCGAUCUUCGAUAAGCUGCGAAGAGAAAAUUGUGUCGGACCACCUGCAAGCCCAUCAGACCACCUUCAGGCAGGACCAAAACCGAGCAGAAAGUGAAUCUGAUCCGAAUCGAGAUAUUGAGCUUGAUCUGCGAGCACUGGACAUGGAGGAUUCAGAGCACCACGAAAUCAAGUCUCAGGAGUGUUUAAAUCUGUCCAGCCCUCAGUCUCAGGAUGCUUCCCACCUCCUCCCACCUCCCUGCUCAUCUUCUCUGUGCCCCUCUCCUGUAGAGGAGCACACCCAAUCAGAAAGUCUACUGACAGAGAAAAUUGAUGCUCUCCAGCUGAAAAAGAUGGCAUUUAGGAAAAUUCUCUCCCCUAUAGGGCUGGGAUCGGGAGGUGUGGGCAUCAGGAAGUUCGUACUUCGAACUGGACCUCCUCACCUGGGCAAUGCCUCCACCGGGGCUCAUCCUGAAACAUCUGGGACGGAGAUGCUGCUCAAUUGAAGCUAACGGAAGACACAAUACGAUCUGCACUGAUGUAGAGCUGAGUCACUUCUUCUCAAACCAGAAACGUCUACAACAGGGAAUACAUUUUUGUUCCAUUUGUAUAGAUGAAGGGCUCUUUCGGCAUCUAACCAAUCACCUAAGAGAACCUUCAACAAGCAUUUGACAUGCAAUGAUUUCAGUGACUGAAGCCAAUGGUCUUCCAGAGCUUCACUUGUGUACUUGGAAGACUACACUUUUAUUAUGCACCAGUAAAUUCUCCAUCUAUUUACAGCAUAUCCACCAACGCAUUGUGUUUUCAGCACAUUUCUCAAUGUGUGGUUGCUUUUUAAUGUGUGCCUUUGAAGAAUUACUUCCUGUAAAAGCAGACAUCAAUGAGUAUUUAAGAUCUGUAUAGCUGCUUGUAGGAUUAUAUAUUCUCUUUUAAACCUUGAUUAGUUAUUUUCUCCCUUCUUUUAGUAUUUCCUAAAGUUUUAUGUUUGCUCUCUCUGGGCAGCUUCAAGUGGCCACAGCCUUAUGCCGUUUGUCAAAGUGAGAAAGUUUGCUAUGUCAUUUUCACAUUUGUUAGGUGUUCUUUUUCUUCCAUAAUAUGCCUUAUUUCACAGAAAGGGGUAGAAAACGUACCGUAAUAAUCAGAACUCCUAUGUUUAAUUUGCUUUUGGGAUUGAUAAAGUGUUAUUAGGCAAAUAGAAGACACUUUUUUUUUACCUAAGCAAACAAACCCACAGAUAGGGUUUUCCUCAUAAGGAUCCGAUUCUGGUCACCAAUCGAUUUGUUUUAUUACAUCUGUAGAUUUUACCUUCAUAUAAUUAGUUUAGCCUCAAAGUGAUUUGAUCAGAUCAUUGCCUAAAUGUAGCAUUAUACAAGUAAACAUUCAGGUUGAAUUGAUAUUGUUUUCAGAUUACAGUUUGGGGAAAUUCCUGGAAGUUUGAGGGAAUAGACGUGACUUAAAUUGCAAAUAUUCUUUGGAUAUUAGUGGUAGGAUCUUAAAUAAGAAAUUGAAUUACUGUAAGGCAGGAAUGGAGAUCUAAAAUCCCCAGAUAAUAAAAUAACCCUUUUUAUGAGUCAUGAGGUAUUUUAUAUAGAUCUCUGACCGUCACAGGAGACAGUGCCUGUCAUAAACCCCAUUUGCAUUUUGUGUUUGAUGGUUGGAGUUCACAUAAGUUCACUUAAAUCCUUCUUAUCUAUUUUUUUGUUCAUAGUAGAAGCUCUUUCAUAUACUUUAUUUUGUUGGUUAGCAUUUCUGCAUUCAUAAACAUGGGAAUUAAUUAGCUUUUGGAGCAGAAAUUCUGUUUUUAAGUAAACAAAACACAGUUACAUGUACAAAGAAAGUGUGCAAAAGUUCCAAUACACACACAAACAGUGGCCUUUCUCUCCUUGGUUUUGUUGAAAUAAAACUCCCUACAAAGCUGUUGUUUUGGUCAUAUGCCAGUCAGUCCCCUUUAUCUGCUGUCUGUAUAGUCACAAGUUAUGCUGGAUGUCACAAAAGGCAAAGUAACAAAAAAGAGGAACACCACCUGUUGUUUCUUUACGCUUAACCACUGUUUAACUUUUCAAAAACGUUUGGAUUAAUUUUUGUCUUCGCAACGCUAACUUCUGUGAAGUUGUAUGUUGAAGUAUUUUUGUAUUGGGAUCUUUGUUUUUCAUGUGUGCUUUAUUGUCGAUUGCUGGCUUUUAUAGCUCAGUGCUCUGUGAUCUGCUCUACUGGAGUUAAUGGGUAACUUCCGUACACCAAGACUCCCUCAAGUUUGUUAAAUAAUUUCUGACAAGAAUGAAGUGAAAUUAUAUAAGAAACCUUUCAGGCUUUGGUAGUAAUUGCCUCAUACUUUACUUACAUUUACAAUGCAGAUCAAAAGGUUUACAUACAGUACACUCAUCAACCACUGAUUUACUUGGGACUUUUAUUUAUGCAUGAUUAUGAUUCAACUAAUAACUUCAACGAGUUAGAAAAAAACAAGUACUGGGUACAGAAGUUUUAAUUUAUUGCAGAUUUUCUUUAAACCACACAAGUUCAAAAUCAGAUACACACGCUUAACAAUAUACACGAAUCUCCACUAAUGUUAGGAUACAUUUCCCUAAGCAAGUUGCAUCUGGACCACACAGAUUUUCUUUGUAGCCAUCAAUGAGGUCCGGACGAAACUCCACUGGCUAUUCCGCCACUAUUUUUAUCAGAAAUUGCAGAGUUCAUUUACUGUUUGUAAAGGUUGUUUUCCUGGCACGGACUCUGUUUUUAAGCAUAGUUCAUACAUUUUCAUGGUUUAGAUCAGAAUCCAAAACCAGUUCUAAUGAUUAUUGGGGAUUAUUGUCCUGUGUCACAAGUUUCACUCAUCUGAGCCAAACUGUUACCCCAGAUGAAAGAAAAUUGGAUAAGAUGUUCAGGAACCACCAAGACUCAAACUAUGAGAUUCUUGAACACCAGUGUCGAUGUCUAUAGAGAAGGGAGUUUUAAGAUUUACAUAGACUGAGAGGCAGAUGACCAAAAAAGGAGCACCUGCUCCAAAAUCAUCACCUUGUGAGGACCUUUAUGUAAUAGACCAUCUUCCAAACAUGGUGGUGGCAGCAUUAGGGUCUGAUUUGAUAUUGUUGUGUCGCACAAAGUGGUUUGAAUAAUAAAGAAGGAAGACAACUUGCGGUUUUUUUCCACUUUUGGAGUUUUGGAAUGGACAAAGUAAGCUAACAUUUAGCUCCUGGACCAGCCCAGACCUAAACUCUAUUGAAAGGUUGCAGACUUUAUUUAAAACCCAAAUCAUUGGUAGGAAAAUAACCGGUUUAAAUGAGCUUAAUAAUUUCUGAUAAGAACAGUGGUCAAAUAUACAACUGGAAUUAUGCCAAUACCUUGUUAUUGUCUACAAUAAGAGUGUGGUUAUAUAUUUGAGCUUAAGUGUAUCAUUUUAAACCUGUUUGAUUCAGAAGAAAUCCUAAAUAAAUACAAGCGUGUGUACCCACACUUGUUUUUGAAACUCACUGAAGUUGAAGAAAUGCUCCAUUAAAAGUCCUAAAUGAAUUACAUUUUUUCCGAUGAUGAAUUCAUGAUCUGACUGACACUGUAGGUGCAGUUGCUCUGUGUAUGAAUUGCUAACUUUUAAAAUUAAGGCCUGGAGACUUUUUGGGGGUUUCCUCCUAUGUCAUGGUUACUCCACCUAAGUUUUCUUUUGAACCUUGCCUCGAAAGGUCAACUCCUGACCGUAAAACACGAGGGCUGGCGCAGCCAACCUAGCUGCGACAUUUUAAACAAGCUCGGCUAUCUGCAGUCCCUCUGCUUCUGUUUACAACUUCGCCUUUAAAGUCACGUAAAGUUAAGUGCCAUGUCGUGUAUAGUACAAUCAGUCCCUACAAUCCUCUGACAGGUUAUUAAAACAGAAGCUUUGUGAGGAGGUACAGGCUUCAGUGAGAUGGUCCUCUUAUAGUUCUUCUGUGAUCCGCUGGAGGAGGUUCAAUCCUUCAUUUUAGAGUCACUCAGGGAGUCCUUCAGUUGGCUUUUUCUCCAGGUGUCUCAGUGAUCCUUUCACCCAAAGCUUAUUGUGGUGAUGAAGUGUUAAUGAUAUUACUCCCAAAUUUUACUUUACUGGUGUUUUCCUUUUUUCCUCUCAGUAUCAAUAUUAGCUCUGCUUUGAGUUUCAUGAAAAAAGGGCUGGGCACAUGUUGGACUGUUUGUGAAGGAGUCAUCAUGAAUAUUGAGUCAAAGUGUUUGUUUAUGAAGUAUCCAUGGAGCCCUGCUGUAGUGGCUAACUGCAGUGAACAAACCCCCCCCGCCCACGGCAUCCCGUGACAUGCAUGCGACACGGCCCCUCUUGUGAUUGCAGAGGAGUACCAAUGAUUCUGUAGUUGUGAUACAACACACCCGGCGCUGUAAAAGUUCUGCACAUGCCCACUGUGUGGCCACGUCAAGUGCUGAAGUUUGUUUGCAGCGUCUUAUUUGCCUGCUCGGAAAAUUUUAAUAUUGUUUGUUAGCGACUUUAUUAAUAUUGUUAAUAUUAUAACCACAUUUGGUUGUUGUGUUAUUUUUGCCUUCUUGAUAUGUUGGAAGUUUGCUCAUUUCGGUUGAAUUCAUGAGUUUUUCGUGACUUUUAAAAAAAAAUCAGACAAAGUGUCUGAAUAUUCAAGAUUAUAUGGAAAAAAAUCUUGUUUGUUUGUGAAACAUGAUUAACUGAUGUUUUAAGUAUUCAUGUCUGUAUUAGACAUUUUAUUUGCAAAUCUAUUGUUCGAUUGAAAUGUAAAUGAAUUUUUUAAGAGAUGGUACACAUCCGUCAUUGUAUACAGUCUGGCACCAUCAUUAGAUGGACUUGUAGUGUUAACGCUCAUUUCUACAGCCUGUAAAAAUCUGAUUUAUUUAAAUGUUCCAAAUCCUUGGGGCAAUUGUGUAAUAUCUCGGAACAGGAUAGAUCCGAUCCUUCUGAGACAGAACCUCUUAAAAUGUCCCAAAAAUGAAUAAUACUGUUACGUAUUCCAUUUAUUUCCUCGGAAAUAUCGCAUUGUGAAAGGUUUCCCUUUUACUUACUGUAUUUGUAAUGCAGAUCUGGAGUAAAGUCUGACCCUAUGGUGAUGAUGAUGAUUUAUGUGCUGUUAAUAAUAGAUAAAGCAGUGUACGUAUUGUUUUACUGACUGAUUGAUUAUUCUGUGUGUUUUCUGCCUUGUUCAGCAGUAUUGCACUGACCUACAGAGAGACUGGCAGAGCAGGAAACCACUCUUGUGUUGCACUGAGAGACUGUGUUAUAAUAAGGAACAUUAGGUUAUAUGAAACUGCAUGCUUUAAUAAACUGAGAGCUAUUAAA